AUGGCGGGGAGUCAGGGAAGGGGCAGUGCAGGUGCGGUGGUUCUCCUCGGAGUGGUACUGCUAUCCAUCAUACUCCAUUCUGAUGCCACCAUCUACACGGUGGGGGAUCAGGGCGGCUGGACCUUCAACGCCGCCGCCUGGACCCAGGCUAAGCGAUUCCGUUCUGGCGACCAAAUCAGUAACCAUGCUCCCCAUCUCUCUCUCUCUCUCUCUCUCUCUCUCUCUCUCUCUCUCUCUCUCUCCCCCCUUCUCCCUCUUCUUCCUCUCUAUUUUAUCUCACACUCUCUUCACAUUUUCGUUGUUCGGUUUUCUUAGAAAUAAUCUCGAGGUUUGGACUGGAUGCAGUAUUCAAGUACAGUCCCGCGCUGCACAACGUGGUGGCGGUGGACGUGACUGGGUACAAGACCUGCCGGGUGACGAGGGGGUCGCGGUUCUUCACCUCCGGGAACGAUAGGGUGAUUCUGCGCAAGGGAACCAACUACUUCAUCUGCUCCGUCGUCGGCCACUGCGCUGCCGGGAUGAAGCUCGCCAUCACUGCCAUCUGA